CCUCCGCGGCGGACGCGGGCAGCGGGCUGGGUUGCGCCGCACUGGGUGGUGGUUCCCGGGCCAAGGCAGCGGCGGCGGCGGCGGCGCAUCGCGGAGUCCUGGGCCCGGCUUGGCCCCGCGGCGGCGGCCCCGGCCAUGGAGUCCUACGAUAUCAUCGCCAACCAGCCCGUGGUGAUUGACAACGUAAGCGGGGCGGGCGGCGGCGGCGGAGGAGCCGGGUCCGGGUGGGGCCUGCGCUGGCGGGCGCGCCCCGCCCGGCCCCGAUCCCGGCGAGGCCCAGGCGCCCUGCUCCCUCGAGUCGGCUGGACGAGCCCGGCUUCAGAAAGGCCAGCGCGGGCCGGAACCCCCCUCGGCCUCGGAGAAGCAGCGGGCCAUCGGGCCCCGUGAAAAAGAAAAGGCGCUGCUCGCAGCCCGUUGCGAGGCGGGGCGGGGGGCCUUGCUGCUGCUGCUGCCCGAAGAGAGUAUCGCCGAGGACGUUUCCCGCUCGGGAGGAUCGUGGCCCCGCUUCCCUCCCGCUGCCAGACUUAAGAGCAGCAGCAGCAGCAUCUGCUGGAUCUGGCCCAGGGCGGGGGGAGGGGGAACGGGGAUGUUGUGGGACUGCAACUCCCGUCAGGCCAGACCAUUUGCGGGUAAGGGCUGACAGGAGGUGUAGUCAACAAUGUCUGAGGGAGCCGCCUUUUUGGCUGCCCCUGGCUUUUCUAUUCAAGCCAACAAGCAAGUCAUGAAGGGACUAGCUCUCCUGUUCUCCAGUGCUGAAGAGUUUAGGGGACUCAGAUCCUGAAAAUGGCAUAUAGCCAUCAUGGUCAUGUAACAUAUUUAUUUUUUGUUUUAGAUGUUUUCAAGGUAAGCAUUGCAAAGCAAGACACAUAAAAUCAUUAAAACAGUAAAUUGCAUUUAUAGUGUUGGGAAACCCCUUGCUUUACAUGCAUUCUUUAAAACCAGGUUUGAAUUCCUGUUAAAAGGAUCAAGUUAGGAAAUGAUUGGAAAGGGUCUCUGCCUGAAAGUCUGGAGAGAGAGAAUUGGACUAAGAAGGAUCUAGGAUUUUUGUCUUCACAACUGGAACUCCAAUAUCUGCUAUGGGAAUUGAAUCUGGAGGAUUGUCAUGGCACUUCUGUUUGUUUUACAAAAUAAUACUUAAGUCUGAAUUGUAUUAACAAUCAUUACUAAACCAUUCCUCAUAGUGCUAUUGUUGCCGUUAUUGCUGUUGUACAGCACAUUCUAUUAAGAAGUUAUCAUGCUUAGUUAUUAAGUUGUGUAAUAACUUUGUUGUUGAUACUAGCUUUUGGUGAUUAGGACUAAAAGUAACUUUGCAUUCUUAGCGCUUGGCAUUCUUAGCAGCAUCUUUCCUCUCCAUAUUAGUAGUAGUAGUAGUAAGGUAAAGGGACCCCUGACCAUUAGGUCCAGUCACAAUCAACUCCGGGGUUGCGGCGCUCAUCUCGCUUUAUUGGCCAGGGGAGCCGGCAUACAGCUGCGUAGUAGUAGUAAUAAUAAUUUUACUAUUUAUACCCCACCCAUCUGGCUGGGUUUCCUCAGCCACUCUUGGCAGCUUACAGCACAUAAAAAAUUGUAAAACAUUAGACAUAAAAAUUUUCCCUAAGCAGAACUGCCUUCGGAUGUCUUCUAAAAGUCAGAUAGUUGUUUAUUUCCUUGACAUCCGAUGGGAGGGCGUUCCACAGGGCGGACGCAACUACCAAGAAGGCCCUCUGCCUGGUUCUCUGUAACUUCAUUUCUCGCAAUGAAAGAACCGCCAGAAGGCCCUCAGUGCUAGACCUCAGUGUCCAGGCAGAAUGAUAGGGGUGGAGAUGCUCCUUCAGGUAUACAGGACCGAGGCCAUUUAUGGCUUUAAAGGUCAGCACCAACACUUUGUAAGAAUAUAGUGGGUGGAACCCAACAUUGUGGGAGUGGACUUCCACUCAUGCAGUGGGAAUUUAUCCUUUUCCCACCUCCUCAACCCUCCAAACACUGCUGUAGCCAUCCAGAGCAGAUUUUGAGGGCACAUAGGAGACAAGUGGAGAGGAGAAGAAGGUGAAGCCCCAUUGUUUGAGCAGCAUUGGAUGUCACAUCCCACAAUAUAAACGGCAGCCGAAAAUCUGCCACUUAGGUAGGUCACCUCAGCCAGCUUACUUGAAGGCUUAACUAUAUUGUCACUUACUACUCUUGCAUUCACCGUUUGUAGGAAUCAUAAUAUGUAAAAAAUAAAGAAGGAAAACAAGUGCAAAAAAUAAUGAUACCAUACCUUGUAUACCAUACCAUGCCCUUUAUUUCUGAGACUCUGAAUUUCUGAUUUUUUUGCACCAUAACUCAUAAACUUCUUUUCCACCCCAGGGUCAUUCCAGACCCAAUGUCUUUAUUCAAACCCUGCAUAGCCCCAUUGUUCCUAGAGGGGUCAAUAUCAACCACUUUCAGUGACCCUGGUUGAGAUGCUCCUCACUGCGAGAAGUAAAGGGAACCAGCCAGAAGGGCUUCUCAGUAGUGGCCCCUCCUUGUGGAAUGCCCCCCCCAUCAGAUUUAUAUGACUUUUAGAAGACAUCAAUUAUAUGACUUUUAGAAGACAUCUGCAGGCAGCCCUGUAUAGGGAAUUUUUAAAUGUUUGAUGUUUUACUGUGUUUUACGUUUUGUUGAAAGCCGCCCAGAGUGGCUGGAGCAAUUCAGUCAGAUGGGUGGAUGAUGAUGAUUAUUAUUAUAUUUGCAGUUAUCAUCUAUUCAUUAUUGCUAAAGACCUUAUGAAUGGAAAAUGUACCCUAGAAAAAUAAAGAUUGGAAAUAUUUUCAGAAAAUGUUCCAGCUUGGAUUUGUUUUCACAGAAAAUUUUCCACUGCAUAUGCAUGUCAUGUAUGGAGAAAAAUUGUGUAGGUAUUGAAUCUUGUCAGAGAUGGAGAUGCGAUGUAAUGCGGUGGCAAAACUGUGGACGUCCUCUUUUUUGUCUGAUGGCUGUCUAGCGAUGGUUUCCAACACUAUAAAGGCAAAUUUUGCCUGAAAGAAUCCUUAUAUAUACUGACCAAACUCUGGAUUUUCCAAAGUACUGCCAUCUGGAUCCAUUCUUCAGCUUUGAGAUGACAUGUGCUCACUAGCUGUACUUUCCAGAAACAAUGGAAGACAUUUUUGUUUUGAAAAGUUUUCCAGGUAGACAAAAAGCUCUCUGCCUUCAGUAUUAAUUUUGUAUUUAUUGCUUUUAAACUUGUUUUCUGUACUCUUUUAAAAACUAUUUUUAGCUGUUUGGGGGUAUGUUUGUUGAAGAUAUAACUUGUAGGAGCGUUCAUAGUCUUGGGAAUGGAAAGGUGCCUGGAGAAUUCCAUGUCUGUAAUGUUUCCAGGCUCCCCAUGUUUCUUUCGGAUAAAAGUACAGGUACAAGAAGAGGAACACAGAAGAAGUGUCUGGCAUUGGAUUUUCUAGGAAAGUGACUUUGCUGAUGGCUCUUGUCUUCCGAUAGCUCUUGUCUUCGGACUGUUUUCCAUGUAAAGGUCUUUGGCCUGUUUAUGCCCACUGCUGGGGUGUGUCUGCGAAAGAGACUUGCUUAUUCAUGCUGCGAAGAAAUAAUUAGGAACAGGAAUGAGAGCAGCCCAGCCUCAUAGCUGCUUUUGGAGGCUGGCAAGACUAGACAGCUGAGCUGCUACAUGAUCCUCCAGGAUGGGCACAGUAGGGUUUUUCACUGACCGCUAUUCACUUUUGGGGGGCACUUGUUCUCUUUUCAUUCAUAGAAGGUGUUGAAUCGUGGGCCUUGUCACUAGGCCGGGGUGGGGGGACUGGCUGCCUUUCUACACAGCCAUUGGGAAUCUUUGUCAUUGGCCUGGAGAACUAAGAGGCAGAUCUUGUGACUGAAAGAAAAUCAGGCUCAACUUCUAUUCUUGGUUUGGAUUCUUGCGCCAUGGGAAGUUAUUUCCCUGCACUCCCUCUGCCUUGGCUUCCACAUUUCUGAGAUGAAGCAGUGAUUUUGACCCUUUGGGAGUGGGGCCAGAGGGCCAUCUAAUCAGGGUCUUAAACUCAGCUUUCCAGGGUUUUGGAGGCAGACCUCUGAUCUGAGAUCUCUUAAUCUUGUCUGCAGCCCUUCCUCUUUUAAUUGCCCUUAAUUUGGCUUGGAGGAAGCUGUGGGCGGCCACAGUCUAUGCCCCCGUGGGGUUGUAAUUGGUAUGGGCCUUGGCCUUGGUUUUACAGAGUGGUUUGGUUUUACCAGCAGGCUAGGAAUUUUGGUACUAAGCCCUACUCAUGAAAAACAUAGGAUGCUGCCUCAUACCCCGUAUCCCAGAACUGUCAUCUCUGACUAGUAAUGUUCUCUGGAUUCUCAGGCCAUGAUCAUCCCCCGCCUUUUGCGUAACUGGAGAUUCCAGGGACUUCAGCAUGCUGUGUGAAGCAUGGAGUCAGUCACUGAGUUAUGGUCCUUCCCAUUGGUAAUGUUGGAAGGAAAGGACUUAUGUGAGGCAUUUGUAUGCCUCAAGUGCUUUGCAAGUUAUGUGCAGGUUAUCUUUCAAUCUGUGGUGACUCAGGAACUAAAUAGAAGCUGAAAGGUGACUUAAACCCAAAAGAGGAACGGAGCUCAUGGUGUAAGUUUUGAAGUAAUGGCUGCUGGUCAGUCCUCAUGAGUUUUAGGAAAUGUUUCUCAGACUUUGUCUUGCACUGAAAAGUCUUUUCCUUUUCUCUCUUAACUGGUUUUUCUUCUUUCUUCAGGGUUCCGGUGUGGUGAAGGCUGGUUUUGCUGGAGAUCAGAUCCCCAAAUACUGCUUCCCAAACUAGUGAGUGUUGCUGUGAUAUUUGAUUGAUUGCCUCAUCAAUAAUAAAGUGUGGUAGUUUUUGAAGACAAUAUGUGCUUAGUGAGGCUUUGUUUUUGUUUUGUUUUAAAUUCACUUGCCAUGGUUCAUAACACUCAACCUGGCAGUGUAGACAGAUAAUCAGUCUCUUUUUUCUUGUCAGUGUGGGCCGUCCAAAACAUGUCCGGGUUAUGGCUGGGGCGCUGGAAGGAGACCUUUUCAUUGGACCCAAAGCAGAGGUAAAGUCCACCUUGCCUCUGUGUGUGUUUGGGGGGAGGGGGGGGUGUUGACUCCCUAUUUUGUGUGUAUUACCUUUGCGUUUGACAGAAACAUUUUGCAGCCGUCAUCCCGUAGGGUUGUAGCUAACAAAGUCCCACUUAAAGUAGAAAGAUCAUUAAGAACAUAGAUAAUUGGGCGUGUGAUGGAUAUACAUGCCUGCCUGCUGCAAAGGUUGUGGGUGUUGCACAUUGCCUAGAUAGCCUAGUAGAGAGUGCUGGGGAGGAGCUAGUGGCGCAUGUUGGUAUUAAGAACAUGGGGAAAUGUAGUCAUGAGAUCCUGGAAGCCAAAUUUAGGUCGCUGGAGGCUGGGACCUCUAAGGUAGCUUUCUCUGAAAUGCUACUGGUUCCAUGUGCAGGACUAACUUUGUAGUUUCAAUGAGUGGGUGAGUCAGUGGAGUCGAGAGGAGGAGUUGGAUUUGUUGGGUGUUGGGGAAUAUGGUGAGGGAAGCCAGGCCUGUACAAAAGGGACAGGCUCCACUUGAGCCAGGAUAGAAGCAGGCUGCUGUGCCCAAAGUGAAAAAAGGUGGCAGAGCAGUUUUAAAACCGAUUGGCAUUGUGUGGUGGGGGGCUGACAGGAGCGGAGGAGGGUCUGGCUCAGAACAAAUCUCCCUUAGGAUGAAGAACAUAAAAUUGAUGAAAAUUUAAAUGGGGUGGCAUAGAGCAAGGCACUGUGAGUGCAGGGGCACAGGAUGGCAGCUCAGAGAGACCAAAGCACCACAGUUAAAAUGCAAGAGACUUGGAAGAGAGAGCCUGUCCAGAUGUGUGCAAGCUCUAAGGUUAGAAGACUCCUGGCCAAGAUGGGCAAACCAGAGUGCUAGGUCUUAGCAGACAGCACUGAUAUAGUGGGGAUAACGGCAUCCUGGUGGAGUGCAGAGAACCAGGAGGACACAGUUACCUCCACAUGUAAACUCUAUAGGAAAGACAUACCGGAGGGAGUGUCACUCUGUAUGUCAAAGAAGGCAUUGAGUCCAGCAAGCUAGAAAUCCCCAAAGGGGCAGGCUCCCCCACAGAAGCAUUGUGGGUUGUGAUACUGCACCCCAAAGCCAUUGAGUACCGGGGACAUGCCAUUAUCCUCCUGAUCAAAAUGCUCUUGCUCCAACACAUUGCUUACUCUUUCCUUGCGCAGGAGCAUAGAGGAUUGUUAUCUAUCCGGUAUCCCAUGGAACACGGCAUUGUCCGGGACUGGAAUGACAUGGAGAGGAUCUGGCAGUAUGUUUAUUCCAAAGAUCAGCUGCAGACGUUCUCAGAAGAGGUAAUAGUUGCAAGAACAAUGCUUCUAGCCAGCCUUUGAAUAUUAGCAUUAGGUGGGGGGCUGGGAAAUUGCAUUUGCUGUACCUUUAUGUGACACUUCCCCUUAGCUUCUGUUUUAGACAGUUACAAUGCAGGCAGUCCAGGGGUGAGGUGUGGAUUUCAUUAAGGAAAUCUACAUCCCCCCUCCUCAUAGUAAGUUGAGUACUGCUGCUUUGGCUUGUGAUUCUCUUGCUUGCUUCCCAGUUCGGAGCCUGGUCAAGUGCCAAAAGGAAACAUGAGUGAUGAUGCUCUCAGACUCUCCUCCUGCCAAAAUAGGGUCAUGGGAAACAUGGUGGAAAUCCCUUUCACCUGUAAGCUGUGAGCCUGCACAAUCUCUGAGGCAAAAGGCAGCCUUGGGAUAGAUGUGGCUGGAAGGUGACUAUCUUCUACUGUCAGUCCUGGAGAGUGUUAUUACUGAUCCAUUGGGUGACCUUCACAGUCUGAUCCUUCAUGCCUUGAGGAGGACCUUCUUCUGUACGAACCUCUCCGGCCACAGGAGGCCUUGAGGAGGCAGUCUUGCUCACGUUGGGGACGGAGGACUGCUUGAUGAGCAUUCAAAGUCCAGCUUCUUUCUGCAUCAGCAAUGUGGUGGUCCCUCGGAGCUUGGCAGGGCAUGCCUGGUUUUUUCCAGGCCUAUGACUGUUCACCCUUCCUAGGAAAAUAGUUUCUGGCUGGUGUUUUUUUGGUGCCUGUCAAGGAGACAUUUCUUAAUUUUCUGUGUUUAACUUGUGGACUUUUAAUCUCUUUAACUCAAGGGGAAAAGAACUAGAGGCAUAUCUUAACAGAUAAUUAAACCUUCACCCUAUCCCUGGAAAGAUGUUUGUCGUUCCCUGCAAGUUGAUUCUCAGAAGGAAACCUUGAAUUCCUUCUGGGGUGGGCAGGUAUGAAGGUGCUUCACCCUCUGGGUCCUUGUGCUGGUUCUUUACUAAUCCUGAAGAAAGGCAGCAGCCACACUUCUGGCUGUUGUGAUGCAGGUCUGCUGGGAAGUUGAGGAGACUUGGAGGGAGGGACACUGUAUUCCGCAACAUCAGUGGAUCAAAUUAUUCCUGGAGAAGAGCGGUUUGAUAGAAAGGUCGACAGAACAUUUAACAGUUCCCUCAGUUUUAAUGGAUGUGCUGCAUUUAGCAUUUUAAUGUGUGUAUCAUUUUAGGAGCCAACGGCUUCUAGUAGUAAAACCAGAGCAUCACUUCCUGAAGGGGCUUCUGUGAGGGCAGCUUAGCAGAACUUGGAGCAGGCUACCAGGAAAGAGUGUGUGGACCUCCUCCAGUGAAUAGCAUGUGGGCAUUCAGCCAGUUUUCCCCACGACUGUCACUUCCUGCUUUCCUUCCAGCAUCCAGUUCUCCUGACAGAAGCCCCACUAAACCCCAGCAAAAAUCGAGAGAAGGCCGCCGAGGUUUUCUUUGAGACUUUCAACGUUCCAGCUCUUUUCAUCUCCAUGCAAGCUGUCCUCAGCCUGUGAGUAUCCAGCCUGCUGGAAGGUUGGGGAGGUGGUUGCUUCUGGCAUUGCUUCACUGUGAUGACCAGAAGACUUUGGAUACUUUUCUCUUCUGAGCCUAAUCUGUUUCCUGUGCUCUGGAGGGCCAUGGCCAGACUAAGAACAUAGGAAAAGCCUGUCUGUUGGAUCAGGCCAAAGGCUCAUUUAGUCAUUUUGUAGUUCCCAGCAUACUGCCUCCGACGGUGGCAGUAGAAAGCUGUUAUGGCUAGUUGCCAUUCAUAGCCGUGUCCGUCAUGAAUUUGUCUAAUUCCCUUUUCUACCCAUCCAAAUUGGUGGCCGUUACUGCAUCUUGUGAGAGCGCAUGCCAUAGUUGUUUGAAGAAGUCCUGAACUAAUUACCCUUCUUGUUUCCCUCUGCUCUCUCUCUCUCUCUAAGCUACGCCACUGGCCGCACUACAGGGGUGGUGCUGGAUGCAGGGGAUGGAGUGACACAUGCGGUCCCCAUCUACGAGGGCUUUGCCAUGCCUCACUCGAUCAUGCGCGUAGACAUUGCUGGGCGAGACGUCUCCCGUUACCUCCGUCUGCUGCUACGAAAAGAGGGCUAUGACUUCCACACCUCAGCUGAGUUUGAAGUCGUGAAGACAAUAAAGGAGGUGAGGUUGGGGCAGAUGGAUACAUGCCUGCCAUUGGGGGGGGGGGAAUAUCCUGCUCCUGCCGAGAGACAGUCCUAGGAUUUAAAUAAGGUGUUUUUGGUUACUGAGCAGCACACUGGACUAGACCUCUAAAUUGUUAAAAAUCUAGUUCCAGGUGACCCCUUUCUUUAAACACUCCUCUGUAGAAUUGGAGCAGUAACUGGCCGAUUGAUUCAGAGAAUGUUCCAUAAGAGCCUUGUAAAUCAGAAAGAGGAUAUUUUUGAGCAGUGCUCUGACAGUCUUCCCAGCUGGAUGCUGCCAAGUCUGGCUCUUAAACUAGGGCAUUUUCAGUUUACAUCUGAGGUCGCAGUGAUCUUAAAAGAGAAAAGUUCUGAUGAACCAGGGGUUUCUUUUUGACAUUUCCAUCAUAUACUGAAGAGGCAAGCAACUCUUGAGUUUAAUGAGUCAAAACUGUGUGCUUCUUAAGCAGUGCGACCACCUGUAGUCAAUUUUUCACACAUUCUGUAUCCAUCCUCAGGUAUAUGUAUACAGCUUUUCAGAGCUGUAGCCAUGGAAGACAAAUGCGGGAGCUAGGAAGUUCUUGAAGCAAUUUGCUACAUGCUGUCCAUAAAAUAAGACAAUGUGGUUGUCUGCAGAGAGCAAGAAAACCAGGAUAGUUCGCUAAUUUGGGUGAACUAUCCUGGAUUGGGUUGUAGUAUGAGAUUGUGCAAGAUAACUGGUCUAUGUCAUGAUCGAAAGUGCAUCUGCAGAGGGGAGGCUUGAAUUCUGGCCCUCUGUCCAGUUAGCUCGCUGUGGGCCUGGGUGGGUGGAGCUGCUAGGAGUUCUUCUAGCAAGUGGCUUCCAGUACCCAGCUGCCUCACAUGCUGCCUUCCUCCUUGCAGAGAGCUUGUUACUUGUCCAUCAACCCUCAGAAGGAUGAGGCCCUGGAGACAGAGAAGGUUCAGUACACGCUGCCUGAUGGAAGCACUUUAGAUGUAAGUUUUUGAACUGGAAAAGGGGUCUUGCAGGAAAUCUUGAGGUUUGGGGCUUCUUCACAUUGCAUUUUGCAGUAGAGGUGUUUGCAAUUAUUUCUGGAGAAGUUUUGCAACGUUCAUGCUGUGUACAAGAAGGUGGUUGACACAAACUGCAGAACCCCCUAGUGACAAAAAAGACUGUCUUUUGAAUGCUGUAGCUGUUGUGGGUUGAAGUAGAGCUUAUUUGUCCCCUUGCCCUACUUUGAUUGGCACUGUGGCUUUCCUGGCAGGUUGGUCCAUCCCGGUUCCGAGCCCCUGAGCUGCUGUUCCAGCCGGACUUAAUAGGAGAUGAAAGCGAGGGGAUCCAUGAAGUGCUAGCAUUUGCUAUUCAGAAAUCUGACAUGGACCUGCGGCGGACAUUAUUUGGGAAUAUUGUUCUGUCUGGAGGAUCUACACUUUUUAAAGGUAUGGGGGCUCCCCAGAAGAGGUAGAGAGCUUGUUUGUCUUAUAAGAGGAGGCUGCUUCACACCAUGAAUUGUCAGAUAGUCCAACUAGCUGCAUAUGGUCUAUUCUUAUUGGGAGAGGCCUGAAUGAAAGGUUCUCAGCCUGUGAAUGAACUCUGGUUAAGACUGUGGAGAACCAUUGCCAGUCAGAUCCUGCAUGAGAUCUGUUUUAGCUGAGGAAUGCUAGGAAUGGAACUUGGGACCUUGUGUAUGUAAAGCAUGUAUCAUUCCAGUGAGCUCUUGAUAUGUGUAGGAGACAAAGUGCUGAUAUUAAGAGGCUGGGUUUCUGACAAUAGUCUUCCUCUGUGUCCUCUCUUGCUGCCCUGUUUUGUGUGAAAGCUUCAAAGCUUGCACUGUUAAAACCUCUGGCACACCCAGUCUCAUGCCCUGCUUUCAGCCGAGCAUGUAACUCUUGGGAUGAGUCUCUGCUUCUUCCUGUGUCAGUACAUAUCCAAGUCCCCUCUGCACUUCCCAGUCCUCUGGAGGACCAUUUUUGCCCUGAAAAACAGGUGUACAUUGCAGACGAUCAAGCACCAGGAUCUUGGAACCCUUCAAGCAAGAUGACUUCAGGAAGAUGUGUUAACCUGGAAGAGGGAGGGGUGUUAAAAACUACAAUUUUACUGGUCUACCCCCAAUUUAUUUGGCGUAUCCUACAAAUCAAGAAUAGUGUUGGUAUUGUGAGGAGCCCUAGCAAUUACUUAACACUAUUGAUAAAGGAGUCCUGUUCCACACACCCAAAGGUGGUGGCGAGGAGGAGCAUAUGUAGAACAUUAGGUUUCCAGUGGAGGCCAAAUUAGCCCAGUUAACUUUGGAUGGAGGCUAAUUGUGAAUAACUUCUGGGACUCAAAAAGCUUCCCACCCGCUUCCCCAGAGUGAGUUGUCUUAUAGCAGAAUCUGCCAACACAGCAGUUAAAUUGGAGAUUCGUAGAUCUUCAUGGGCACCCGAGCUGCUAAAUGGGGCAGGGUAUACAGUAUAUCCAAAGUGUGCAGGGAUACUAGAUAAAUAUCUAAAUAUUAGUACAUGAAUAGGAAUGAAUAUGCACACAAUGCAAACAUGCAGACAAACUUGGAUCAGGAUUCUACAGUCUAUUUCAUCUAACUGCAUGUGAAUCAAUGUUAAGGCAAGACAAGAAGUGUGUAAUUGCCCCAAGCGGAGGGCAGUGUCCCUAUUACAAUAUUAAUAUUUUUUGUGGGAUGCAGGGAAGUGAUUACCAGAAACGCCAUCCAGGCUUUCUCUGGCUUUUGUGUAUUAGGCAAAUACUGUCUUAGUUUUUCUUUUCCCUUUCUGAAAGCCAGAGAGUGAAUGGCUUUUUUGUUUUAACGAAACAAGUUCAGUGUCAUAUUUGGGAAUCAGAAUUGUGGCUUCCCCCAGGCCCUGUUCUCUACAGAUUCUGAGUGUGUUUACUUUAUUUAUACAAUACCUAUUCCACUUUUUAUAUAACACAUUCAGAGUGAUUCAUGAGAAUAUCAGAACAAAGCAUUAAAACAGUUUCUAAAGGAUGGGAGGUGGAACAAAGAAUAAAAAAGAGCCAUAAAAUAGCAGAAAGCAAUCAUCGAAAGCCGUUUGCAUCCAUCACUCACAAAGAGCCUCAGAGAAUAAGGUCUUCACUUGAGCUUUAGACAAGAAGAGUUUGUGCCUGCCAAACCUGGCCAGGGAAACAAAAGUUGCCACCACCACCACCUGGCCUCUGAAGGGGCGGAAGGACGGGGACAUUUCUGCUGUGAAGAGAUGCUGAAAAGCGAACUGUGUCCAGUCCUUUUUGGGAUUAGCAUUGGAACGAUGAGGCACUGAUGUUUGGGAUGUACCAACAUGAAAUGUAGUCGAUACUUGACCUCUAUGGUACAGCGCCUUGAACUCUAAGCUUCCUCACUUGUCUCUCAACUCCUCAGGUUUUGGAGACCGGCUGCUCAGCGAGGUGAAGAAACUCGCUCCAAAAGAUGUCAAAAUUAAGGUGAGGCUUUGGAGGAACUCCGGGCCCCAAGGCAGUUUGUGUGCAGUGACCAUGGUGGGUGGAGGAGGAGCAGAGUGAUCUGGUUUCCAAUACACUCUCCAUAACGAAGGCUGACAACUCGCUCUUUAAAGGGAAACACAAAGUGUCUGAAUUUUCUUAAGUUGCUAAGCUCUGUACUGGAGGAUGCAUUCUCUUAUUACAAAGGCAAGGAUCUCCAGAUGUUUGAAAUAAUGUGUUUCCUGCAUCUUAGCAGGUGAUGUUCCAGUGAAAGGAGGGGUUGGGCUCUGGUGCUCAGAACGGCAGUUCCUGUGUGCGCAUGUACCCUUGUUCCCCGGAGGCUAUGUCUCUGAUUUGUGCUUUCUUCCUUGCAGAUCUCUGCACCUCAGGAGAGAUUAUACUCUACGUGGAUUGGGUAAGAGCAUUCUGCAGGGAGGGAUAAAAACAACCCCUGACCCCUCUAGCACCUCGCAUCAGGUGCUCCUAUUGGGCUUAGCAAAAUUGGUCAAGUUGUCCUUCGUGCACUGAGGCCUCCACAGAAACAGAGGGCUGUGAUGUAGAGGCUUUUUCUCAGCACAGGGAGCCUGAUACUGCAGCAUGAACUUGGGUUGGGUGAGGCAGCUCCUGUUCUUCCAUCUGGAAAGUUCUCCUGUGCUUGGGUUAGUUUCAGAAAAUGAACUGGCUCCAAGUUGUGAGUGGCAGUGGAGCCGUAUGUCCUGGAUCAGGAGCGAGGGUUAUACCAUCUCUGGUGGGCAUUCUCUGUGCAGCAAUUGCAUCGGUGGGCGGGCCCUUCAUUUCUCCUCUGUUUGCAUGCCUUGCUUCCUUUGGCCAGGCCUGCUGAUUCUGUGCUCUUUCCCCCACAGUGGCUCUAUUCUCGCCUCCCUGGACACGUUCAAGAAGAUGUGGGUGUCCAAGAAGGAGUAUGAAGAGGACGGGAGCCGGGCCAUCCAUCGGAAGACAUUCUAGGGCAGGGGCGGGGGGGCAGGGCAGCAGCAAGGCAGCUGGUGCCUGUGGGCGACUCAUCCAGGUUGUGUCUUUUUUUCUCUUAACCCUUACUUGUCCAGGGCUGCUGCAUCCCUGCUGGCUGGGGCCAAUUCCUGCCUUCUUCCCAGGCCUCACGCUUUCCUGUCUUAGUGCCCUGUCCGAUGCAUGUUGCUAGCACGCACCCCCUUGGGAGGGAGGUGCAGCUGUAUUUCGAGGCCUUGGCUGUGGUGGAGGAGGGCAGCGGCCCCAGCCAGGAAGGAAACUCAAGCUCCAUUCCACUUUCUAAUCUGUUCCAUGAGCCUCACUGCUGCUUUGACCUGGUGCUCAUUGUGCCUGUCAGCUGAGCAAGGAGCUGUUGUGCGGCCUCUGGCUGCCCUGCCCUUGGGGAAAGGUGCCUGCCUGCCUGCUCCACGGUUUGUUGCGGAAAUCUCAAACGUUCAGAUGCCCCCCAAAAGGAAUAAAUCAGUUUGUUGAUGUGACUGCCUGGGGCAGCUGCAUUGCCUGCCUAAAGCAUAGGAAAGGUGUAGGCCAGGAGGUGCUAUCGUCCCCCUCAAGUUCCCCUGCCUUUUGAGUGGCCGUGUCUGCCAAGCGGUCUGCAGCCUGCUUCUCGGAGAGGUCCUCCUGGCAGGGCCUCACUCAGGGCUCAGUGCCAAGGUGUUUCAAGGAGUGCUGAGGAACUCUUGCCUCAGUGCAACCCACCCGCCCCGCUCUCAUGGACUGCCAGAUUUGGUAAGAAAGAGGAUCUUGGUUACCUCUUGGAGGAAGAGGUAUAGGAAGGGAAAUAGGGCAGGGGUCUCUCCCCACCGUCUCUGCCCUGUCCAGUCCCAGGGGAGUAGGGUCAGCAUGCUGUUAGUUUCGGUUAGAAGUCUGUGAGGCAGCAGGAGAUAGAAGAGUCCAGCCGUGACAUCUUCUGGGCCUGGUGGCUUCUGCAGUGUGGCCUAGCCAGCUUCGAAGGGACUAUCUGUGAUGGCAGAGGAGGAGGAAGGUUGUCUGUGCGUCCCCCUUUUGAGAGUUGAUCUGCUCAUGUAAUGCAAGAGAAUGUUGCAAACUGGCUAUUGGACAAGACAGGAUGGGAUGACCGCAGUUGGAGGGGCCUGCAAAUCCUUUCUCCAGGCCUAGCACUCUGCUGGAGUCCGAGUCAGGGGGAAGAUAAGGAGGAAUACUCUCACCUGUCUGUCUUUUGAGCUACCACACUUACAGGUGCGCCCUGCAUCUCCAGCUUGCCCCUCUUGGGAGUGCCUGCUCCUCUCGCUGGGCUGUGCUCCCCUCUCCCUGCACCCCUUUUAUCCUUCUGCUCUCUGUAGGAAACGGUGGCUGGGCCUCCUUGUUCACGGACUCUCUGAUGUGCAUAGGCUUGGCCUAAGGUCCCGAUUCUGCUGCUGUUCCAUUAAAAAUUGCCAGGCCAUGCUGGGUAUGUAGAGAAUCGCACUGGGUGGGAUUGCAGAACGUGGGAGGAGGACUGUCCUGUGGCAGCCAAAGUAUAUACAAGAGCUAAGAUGAUGGGAAGCUACUCAGCUGCCUUCUGCUGACUCCAGGUGCAUUGCAAAGAUAGAUGCUCUUUGUAGCCUUGGACUGGAAAGGGUUAAAAACUUUUUUUUAAAGGAAAUGAAUUAAUUUAAGAGACCCCCUGUUGACUGGUGGGCCCAUGGCUCCACCCCUCCAAGUGUGUGUAUAUUGGCUUCUCCAUCUUAUCGACCUGUCGUGAUCUUAUACCAAAUGGAGACAAGAGCAAAGCCCCCCACCCUCCAAAAAACUAUACACCCCCCCCCCGGGCUGCAAUGUACAAUAACACAGUUGCCUGUAUUUUUAUUUUGUAAAUUCAUUAUAGUAAUAAUUAUAAAUUAACAGCCAGUGGCUUUGCAUGGGUCUGAGACUGCUGUCAUUGCUC